GCCACAGCCCAAAUCCCUUAAUUAGGGCUCUGUUGGGAGCUGGCCCCGUGAAACGGCACCGUGGGAGCAGCGGGACGAGAGCCAGCGUGGCCACGGGGGUUGGGUCACUCCGCUGGCUCCCAAAACUUCCUGAUCCAUUCCCAUUCCUGCUGAGCCUCUCCCACAUCUCCCAGCUCCUGCCUCCUCCUCCUCCUGCUGCUGCUGCUGCUGCUGCUGCUGCUCAUCCGGAGGGAGGAGGCCCCGUCUCCUCCUCCCCGCUGGCACCUCGGCGUGCCGGGACAGAGCCGCGUGCUCGCGGGAAGCGCCAUGGCCGAGCGGCUGUCGGAGGAGAAAAUCGCGGAAUUCAAGGAAGCGUUUUCCCUCUUCGACCGCGACGGGGACGGCUGCAUCACCACCAAGGAGCUGGGCACCGUCAUGCGCUCGCUGGGCCAGAACCCCACCGAGGCCGAGCUGCAGGACAUGGUGGGCGAGGUGGACGCCGACGGCAGCGGCACCAUCGACUUCCCGGAGUUCCUGUCGCUGAUGGCCAGGAAGAUGAGGGACACGGACAGCGAGGAGGAGAUCCGGGAGGCUUUCCGGGUUUUUGAUAAGGAUGGGAACGGCUACAUCAGCGCGGCCGAGCUGCGGCACGUCAUGACCAACCUGGGGGAGAAGCUGACGGACGAGGAGGUGGACGAGAUGAUCAAGGAGGCCGACUGCAACAACGACGGGCAGGUCAACUACGAGGAGUUCGUGAGGAUGAUGACGGAGAAGUGACGCCCUCCAUCACCCACCUCCAGCUCUGUUCCACAGGCAACAGAGGUUGUGGUGGUCCUCCCCCAUCCCCUCCAUCCCCUCCCACCUUCUCCAAGCUGGAAAAAUCCUCUUUUAUCCCAGUUGGAGCAUCACCAAGCAGCGCCUGCAUUGGAUGCGGGCAUCCCGCCUGGGCUGCAGAUGGAUUUGGGGUCCCCAUGGGAUGCACGUCUUGUGUCCAUAGAGAUUCCAGUGAAUAUUCCCUGACAUCCCUGAGUCCAAUAAAAAACGUCCCCCC